AUGGUGAAACACGAAAAGGGCCUACGGCCUCGGAAGCUGGUGAAGGACCUGAAACGGUUUAAAACGAACCAGGUGACAAUUGGAAACUCAAAGAUUGCCAGAGCGUCCACGGAGACGGAAUGCCCCCAGGUGGCGCUUCUUCUGAAACUAUAUAUACCAGGGAAGAACUUACAGAGACUAAACGAGGCUUCUAAGAAACAGCUACUCGAGAGAUUGCCAUGGCUCGUUGAUCCUGGGCUUCCUGAGUUGAAUUUUGAGAUUCAUCUCUUCUUGAGCAGUAUAGUGACCAACUUUGUUUGCUCGUGGUAUACGAAACUAGGUACAGAUAACUACGACUUUGUGGCUGAAGUGUAUACUCAAUUGUGUGUUAUUGUGAAGGAUAUUGUUACCAGGUUGACCCGGGAGGUUGAGGGAGAGAGGUUUUUGUUUGUGGUGGAUGACAUUGCUGACAUUUUGAAGGACCACAUUGGCGCUACAGCGUUGGAAAAUGGCCAAUUCAGGUUUCUCCACGCUCAGAAGGCUUCUCUUGAAGAGACGAAUCGUGUGGCUAGAUCUCUUUCAGACGAGCAAAUCAUUGACGAGUAUUUGGCCACCCAGCAUGCUAUUUUCGAUCCCAAGACGAGGCCCAGUGAAUCGUCUCAGGACUCCAGAACGCUAUACUUCGAAGUCCUUACGCAUAAGCUACUUGAAGCGAUCUUUGAUACCAAGAAAGAGAACCCGCUUUCUUCUGAUAUUGUGGAUAAGUUUGUUGUUGGUCUCGUGGGGGACUUCGUUUUGAACAAGGCUUUUAUGAAGAUGUCUUCACCGUCUUUCAUUAUUGGCACGGUCAUUGGCAAAAUAGCUGAGAUAUCAACAGUGGAACCAAAACCUCAAACGAAAAGCUCCUUGGUAGAAAAGGCCAAGAGCACUUACGCUUCAAUUUUCAGCCUCGCCCAGGUGGCUAUGGUGAAGAAAGAGGAAGUUAUGGCCACAGAUGAGAACACUGCUGGCUGGUCUGUUUUCAAUUCUCCUGUAUUUGCCUUGUUCAACUCCUUCGCUGCAUUGCAAAAGCGUUUACCCUUUGUGUUUCACGCCAUUGGUAUGGUACAAACAAUCAUUCAGUCUUUGGGACCGCUUACAUCAAAAAUUAAUACCUACGCCAGCUCUUAUUUGCUCAAAACGGUCUCGCUGAGCCCUCUUCUUGAAGACAGAGAUAUGGCUGCAAAUCUCAAGAACCUUCGAUGCAUCUUGUUCGAAGAACAAGAGGAGAAACCAGGACCGCCUUUGCUGACACAAGAAGUUGCCGAAAAGCUCUAUACCAAUUUCCAAACCAUUCUUUCGAAUCUUGGUGCAUCUUCUCUGUUCUUCACAUAUGAUGGAGAAACCGAGGAAGAACUACAAGCCAACUUUGCCAACGCCAUCACCCGAUUCGAAAGCCAAGAAGCCUGCAACGAUCUAAACGACUCCAGCAAACUCAACCAACUCCUCAUUAUCCGUCUCCUUGACUUUCUCGUGGGCCGUUUAUACCCAGAGUUGUCUGAUAAGCUCAGGUGUAUCAACUCCAGAAAUAUCAACUACAUGUCAGUGGAAGAAAUCGUCAAUCUACUCAGCGAGAGUGGGAAAUACAGCUAUCGCGAGCCUUUAGAGUCUGUUGCCAAUUGGCCAUCGUCCAAUGAUGAGCAGUUGCUGAAGGGCAUCAACACCAUUGAACUUUUUGCAUUUGGCGAUUUUGCCAGUUACCUUCGACAAAAGAACAGCUUCCUUGAUUUGCUGUACCAUUUAGCCAAGAAGCUUGCAAAAUUGACGUUGAUUUCUGUUUGCAAUGAAAACGAAGGCCGGGAAGUGUCGUUCGACGCUCUCUUGCGGGAGUACUCUCUAGAGCAGGCUUUAGAAGGGAAACCCGAGAAUUUAGAGCAACUUAUUAUUGAAAUGAUUGAUGAGGAUCUAAUCGUGGCCAAGAUUGACGAGCAGCAGCGAACAGUCAAGUUUAUCGAGUCUCUUAGUGUGAGAGAUGCUUAUAAUGCCAAUCGGUACACACUUCGAGUUCUCAGCCACGGAGAAGUCCACAAACGGUCGGUUACCGAAGCACGAGAGUUCCUCAAGUACUGGCUAGAUCACAAGGUUGUUCCGGCGCAAGCCGAACUCAAAGAUGUGGAAGGGUUCUAA